AUGUCCAACUUUGCAUCUACUCUCGAGUAUCCCUCUCUGUUUAUCCAAUGCAACUAUAUCGACGGCAAAUGGACAUCCUCCGGAUCUGGCACUACGUUUGACGUGGUCAAUCCAGCUGACAACGAAGUUAUCGGCUCUGCUCCGGAAUCAACUGAGGAAGACCUGCAUGUUGCAAUUCAGGCUGCAUCCCGCGCUUUUCCACUAUGGAGGGCGCUUUCUGGGCGUCAACGCGGCCGCAUACUGAGCAAGGUCUUUCAGCUUUUGCUGGAGAACAAGCAAGAUCUUGGUAAGAUUAUCCUCGCAGAAAAUGGCAAAGCUACAGGUGAUGCGGAGGGUGAGGUUGUCUUUGCCGCAAGCUUCUUCGAGUGGUUCGCAGAGGAGGCGGCUAGGGCAUAUGGCUCGGUUGUGCCACACUCCAAUGCCACUUUCCGCACGCAAGUCGUGAAAGAGCCUGUCGGAGUCUGCGGCCUCAUCACGCCUUGGAAUUUUCCUCUGGCUAUGGGCGCCCGCAAGAUUGCUGCGGCUAUGGCAGCCGGGUGCACUGUUGUUCUCAAGUCUGACGGCCUCACUCCAUUUUCUUCUACAGCUCUAGCAUUGUUGUGUGAGCGAGCUGGUGUCCCAAAGGGUGUCAUUAAUGUCGUCAACUCCCUCAAAACCACACCGCAGCUUGGGCUCGCCAUGUGUGAAUCUCCCAUCAUCAAGAAAAUAUCUUUUACCGGAUCUACCCGUGUUGGCAAACUUCUCAUGAAGCAGUCUAGCGAGACAUUGAAGAAGUUGAGUCUCGAGCUUGGUGGCAAUGCUCCAUUCAUCGUCUUUGAUGAUGCGGAUGUUGAAGUUGCGGUCGCGAGUGCUCUAGUCAGCAAGUUUAAAGUGACCGGGCAGACGUGUGUCUGCGCAAACCGGAUUUACGUCCAAGAUGCUAUCUACGACAGUUUCUCAAAGCGUCUGGUCGAAGAGGUUUCCAAGUUCAAGGUCGGAGAUGGCCGUGAUCCCACAGUGACCCAUGGGCCAUUGACGACGGGCACCUACAGAGUCGAAGCUCAGAUCAGAGACGCCGCUGCCAAGGGUGCUCGAAUUCUUCUAGGCGGAAGGAAGUUGCUCAAGGUCGGGGAGAAUUUUCAUGAGCUUACGAUUCUGGGUGACGUUCCCACCUCGGCAGUUAUUACGACCGAAGAAACUUUUGGCCCUGUUGCCGCUCUCUUCCGCUUCACGGCCGAAGAGGAGGUAAUAAACAAGGCAAACACGUCAGACGUUGGACUUGCAUCAUACGUCAUGACCAGUGAUUUGUCUCGAUUUUAUCGCAUAUCAGAGAGACUACAAUUUGGUAUGGUUGCAUGCAACACCGGCAUUAUUUCUGACGCUGCCGCGCCUUUUGGCGGUGUUAAGCACUCCGGACUCGGACGGGAGGGAAGCAAGUACGGACUUGAUGAUUACAUGGUCUUGAAGACGGUCGUUGUUGGUGGUAUCAACACCAUUCACUCGCUGUUGUGA